AUGAUGGCAGCCAAGCUGGACAUUGCCGCAAAUGUGAUUGCUGAAAACUUGGGUCGUAACUGGCGUAGAUUAGGACGACAGCUGGGUCUGACCGAAACUAAACUGGAUUCCGUCUCAACGAGACAUCCGAACGAUUUGGACGAGACUGCCAGAGAGCUGCUGAAGGAAUGGCGCAAGAAUCGUGGAUCCGAAGUGCGGGUCAAAGGGCACAUCGCUUUCACCGGACAUCCGGACAUGCCUGGACACAGGUGCGGGUCAAAGGGCAACAUCGGUCUCUGCUCUUUUAAUGUACUUCUCCCACCAUGCUUUUCAGAGCAUCCUGCCCAUUUGCCAAUCUCUCUGGUCCUCCGCCCUGACCAGAGUGAACAACUGCACCCUGUCGUGAAGAGCAACAUGACCCAGGAGGGGCAGGCUUUGUCGUCACACACCCCGUCAGAGAACACAGUAGAACCUAUCUCAACUACCACUGACCUGCCUGCAGAGGCUCUGAAUCGGGGAGGGCAAAACAACCCUAGAGCAAAGGUGAAGAAGGACAAAGAAGAAGCGACACAGUGUAAUGCUGACGGUGAGGCAGACAUAAAGAGAGAGGGAGGAGAAGGUGAUUUAGAAGAGAGUGCUGAUGUUCAUGAUCAACAGACAGACAGAGGGGAGGAGGAGUGGGUUGCGGCAAACGGGGAUAAAUGCAGGAAGGAUGAGUUGAGCUCAACAAGGGAGGAUGAAACACAUGCUGCAGAUGAGAUGAAAGAAGACCAAGAGGGUGGAAAUAAUGAAGAGAUGCAACCGCACACAGAGGAUGAAGCAACUCGGCCCCAGCAAGCCGGACGAUUAACAAACGGCAUAAACGGUACUCAAGACGAUCAUGAAGUUGCUGAAACAGACUACGAAGGAGAUGAAGUCGGGUGUAAUAUUCACUUGGACACUUUUAGCUCUGACUUUGAAACCACUGUGGAACAGGCUGACACAGAAGUAGAGGAAGAGGAGGAGGAAGAUGUGCCAAAAGAAGGAAGUGGUAGGAGAAACCAGGACAGUUUCAGUUCAGCGUUUGAACAGAUAGUCGAGCAGGUGCGCGACGAAGACGAGGACGAACAGGAGAGGGGUUUGGAAGAAGAGAGACAGAAAGUUCAGGUGGACAACAAGGAUGGAUUCAGCUCCACAUUUGAGCGCAUUGUGGAGUCUGCCCUGCUGAGAGGCGGGACCUGUUACAGUAGUUUGGACUCCCUGGAUGUGCUGUCGCUCACUGAUGAGACUGACAGCUGCGUCAGCUUUGAAGCGCCACUGACACCGCUGAUCCAACAGAGGGCUCUCUUACAGGGCCCUGAGCCGCUGGAGCUGGAGCUGGCAACAGUUGAAGAGCAGGAUGUGGCUGAAGCUGGACCAGCCAGUGAUCCUGAUGAUGGGGAUGAUGGCGGGGGUGGAGCUGGGGCUGGGGCAGGUGUAGAAGGAAGCCCACUGAGGACCACCAUACCAGGAAGCAGGUCGGAGUUUGUUCUCAGUCAACCUGGACGCUGGGCCAUCCCCAAUGGAUACCAUAGUGACUCCCACGAAGCCCUGGAGGGAUGUGGAGCCAUGCACAACUCCCUCAGUGAUGCCAACCUCACACAUGUCCUGUCUGACUCAGAAGAGUGUGAAUUGGGCAGUCUGGAGCAUUUGGAGCGUGGAAGCACCGACACUUUGGCCAAUGGCUGCCGAGCUGACUACGAUGCUGCCAAAAGGCUCGCCAAGCGCCUUUAUCACCUUGAGGGCUUCAAGCGCUGCGAUGUGGCGAGACAUCUGGGCAAAAAUAAUGACUUCAGUCAAUUGGUGGCGUCAGAGUACCUGAGUUUCUUCGACUUCUCUGGCUUGUCACUGGAUCGGGCCCUAAGGAACUUUUUAAAAGCCUUUCCAUUGAUGGGGGAGACACAGGAAAGAGAGCGAAUCCUUGUACACUUCUCCAAACGCUUCUGCCACUGCAAUCUACAAACCCUCACCUCUGAAGAUGGAGCCCACACAUUAACCUGCGCUCUCAUGCUGCUUAACACAGAUCUACACGGACAUAACAUUGGAAAAAAGAUGUCCUGCCAACAGUUUAUCAGUAAUCUAGAUGGCCUUAACAAUGGCAGUGAUUUUCCCAAGGACCUAUUGAAGGUCUUGUAUAACUCCAUCAAGAAUGAGAAGCUGGAGUGGGCUGUUGAAGAAGAAGAGCUACGGAAGAGCUUGUCGGAGCUUGUGGAGGAGCAGUGUGAGGGCGGGAGUAAACGUGUUGCCAGGGUAACGGACAGCAAUAACCCUUUCAUCGCCAUCCCCAUCCUCCUCAAUGCUGUAACCUACAAACAUGGAGUGCUGACUCGCAAAAGCCAUGCUGACAUGGAUGGUAAACGGACCCCUCGGGGUCGCCGUGGUUGGAAGAAGUUCUACGCGGUUCUGAAGGGAAUGAUAUUAUAUCUACAAAAGGAUGAGUAUAAGCCAGAUGCUGAUAUUUCAGAGGUGGAUCUUAAAAAUGCUGUGCGAAUCCAUCACGCUUUAGCCACUCGGGCUACCGAUUACAGCAAGAAAGCCAACGUACUCAAGCUCAAAACCUCCGAUUGGAGAGUUUUUCUACUGCAAGCUCCGAGUGAAGAGGAGAUGAUGUCGUGGAUCUUUCGAAUAAAUCUGGUGGCAGCACUGUUCUCCGCUCCAGCUUUUCCUGCCGCCAUUGGUUCCAUGAAAAAAUUUUGCCGACCCAUCCUUCCGUCAUCAUCAACGAGACUCAAGCAGGAUGAGCAGCUGCUGAGUCACGAGAGCAAGCUGAAGCAGAUGAGCCUGGAGCUGGAAGAGCACCGGAAAAACCCGCCCUCGUCUGACCCCAAAAGCCGCGAGUGGGAGGAGUAUCGGCUCAAAGAGCACUACCUCAUAUAUGAGAAAACCCGCUAUGAGACAUACAUCAGCCUCCUUGGGGCCAAAAUCCGCACUGAGACAGAUGAUCUGGAGAAGAUCGAGGCCAGCGUUUUGGCUGGACUGAUGAUGGAGGGCGUCCUUGCUGGCCAUCUCCGCAAGACACAGUCCUCGCCGUCCAUCAGCCAGGCUCACAGUGGCUUGAACGGGAGGGGCGCCGUGGAACAGACGAGCUGA